AUGGAAUAAAUUAAUAAAUUAGAUCUCUUUGGAGUUGUGAAAAAUGGCGGAUUGAAAAAGGCCUUCUUUUUUUAUUCGUUCGGCUUUUUUGGCACUUUAUUUAUGACAAUCUCUUUUCUUAUGAUUUUAUCUAACGCUUUAAAUGAACAAAAUAGUAUCAUAAUGAUUAUAAUAUUAGUGAAAAUAAUGAAGUCUUUAUCAGAAUUGAGUUCGACUAAUCUUGGAACCUUUUAGGAUCAAAUGUAUGUUAAAACCAAGAAUACAAUUCACUAAUUAUAACUAAUCAAAACCAAUGAGAAGUUCAAUUAAUUUUCAUAUGAGAUACAAGCAUUCUCAGUUGAGAUGCCUUAACCAGAACAUCAAAUUUUGCAUUCCAAAUUUUUAGAACUUUAAUGGCCUCAUCUCAUUAAUUCAAUAUCUAACAAAGAAACUUUCUGUGGAUCCAAUUGCAUAAGUGUUCCCUACCGUAAAUUAAUAAUUGGAGAAUGUUUGGAAGAUUGCUACUUGUAGUUAAGUUCAGUUUGUCUGGUUUUUGAUAAAAAUGAGAUAUUGAGUGGUUGUUAUGAAAAUUAGCAAUUGGCCCAAUACAGCAAGGAGAGAACCAACUAGAUCUAGAUUUAUUUAAGACAUGUAAAGGAUCCCUUGGUUCAAGUUAAUCAUAAAUGUACAAACAAAUUCUCUAAAUAGAAAUUACCCUGCCAGAUAAUUAUGAUCCUCUAAAUAUGA